GAGCGGACAGAGCAAUUCAAGUCAGUACAGAACUUUCCUGAGUUACAUUGGUACAUUCAUUGCACUGGUCUGAAUCGAGUGUUUUGGAUUAACACUGGAAAAACAGCAGCCAGCUGUUUAAAACUUUAUGCAGCCGUUUUGAAAUGAUCCGAAAGCGCUAACCACACAUCAACAACCAGACAGCGAGGAGAAAAGUAGCGAGCACAAUGGAUGAGAAACAGGGAAGCACAUGCAAUAAAUGGUCUCUCUUAAAGGAAAAAAUUACCCACGUCGACAUAGACCACACAGAGGCCAACUUAGAAAAUGCUGAACCUGAACUCUGUAUUCGCCUCCUGCAAGUUCCAACUGUUGUAAACUACUCUGGCCUAAAGAAGCGACUGGAAAAUAGUGAUAAUGAUUGGAUGGUACAGUUUCUGGAUCUUAGUGGACUUGAUAUAUUGCUGGAAGCCUUGGACAGGCUGUCUGGAAGAGGUGUGGCAAAGAUAGCAGAUGCACUUCUGCAGCUCACUUGUGUUAAGUGUGUACGAGCUGUGAUGAACUCUCCCAAAGGCAUUGAUUACAUUGUGAACAGUAAAAGCUAUGUUCGGAAACUAUCUAAAGCUUUGGAUACAUCAAAUAUCACAGUAAAGAAACAAGUGUUUGAGCUGCUCGCCGCACUCUCUAUAUAUUCACUGGAAGGCCACGGUCUAUCUUUGGAUGCAUUAGAACAUUACAAGACUGUGAAGAGUCAGCAAUAUCGAUUUAGUGUUAUCAUGAAUGAACUCCAGGCCACAGAAAACAUUUCCUAUAUGGUAACAAUGUUGAGCGUCAUCAAUGCCAUCAUCUUGGGGACAGCAGACUUAAGAUCUCGUGUGCAACUCAGAAAUGAGUUCAUAGGCCUUCACCUGUUGGAUUUGCUGCCAUUAUUAAGGGAGAAGAAUGAUGAUGAUCUUCUCAUCCAAUGUUUAACCUUUGAGGAUUUCAAGGAACAAGAUGAUGAAGAACUGAUGAGAAUCUUCAAUGGUAUUGAUAUGAACAGUCACCAGGAAGUAUUUUCAGCGCUAUUUAAUAAAGUGAGUAGUUUACCAAGCUCUGCUCAGCUACUGUCCAUUCUGCAGGGGCUCCUGCACCUUGAACCAUCUCGAAUUGGCAACCACCUGGUGUGGGAAGCACUGGAGCUCUUGGUGAACAGAGCCAUUCUUAUUGCCGAUGAUGCAGCCCAAGAACGAGAUGUUCACUCAGUCCUGGAAAGACUUGUGCUGGUUAAGAAACAUGGAAAUGACCAGCUGGCAAAGGAUAAUUCUAAAUCGAAGGCCGUUGACAGAGGGGUACAAACAGAAGCAUCUGUGCCUGGGUCCAUAAGUUCAAGUGAAGAAAGCCUCAAGUCUACUCCAUCACUGAUCUCUCCUCCUCCAGCGCCCCCACUUCCAGAAUCUCUGAUACCACCUCCUGCUCCUCCUCCUCCUCCACCACCACCACCACCACCACCUCCUCCUCCACCUCCUCUACCUGGAGCUGUAGGUGUUCCUCCUCCUCCUCCUCCUCCUCCCCUCCCUGGAGCUCCUGGUGCCCCUCCACCUCCCCCUCCCCCACCGCCACUUCCAGGUGGAAUUCCACCCCCACCACCUCCACCCGGACUUCUGGUUGCUCACCAAGCCAACAGUCUACACUGUUCCUACCUAACGCCCACCAGACAUGUUCAGCGACCAACGCAAAGGAUGAAAAAGCUGAACUGGCAGAAACUCUCCUCAAAAGCGGUUUUGGAAAAGAAUUCUUUAUGGUCUGCCUUUGAAGCUGAAGGACCGCUCGAUCCUGAUUACGCCAGGAUUGAGGAGCUCUUCUGCUUUCCGGUAUCCAAACCCAAACCCAAGGAACAAACGGUAAAAAAAGAAGAAAAAGAGAUUACGUUCUUGGAGUCCCGGAAAAGCCUCAAUUUGAACAUCUUUUUAAAGCAAUUCAGAUGUUCUAAUGAAGAAAUAGCUGACAUGAUCAGAAGAGGAGACCGAUCUAAGUUUGAUGUCGAGAUCUUGAAGCAACUCAACAAACUACUGCCAGACAAUCAUGAAAUAGAAAAUAUAAAGUCUUACAAAGGAGGAAACGAAAAAUUAGCAAGUGCAGAUUACUUCUACUUUCUCCUUCUUAAUGUUCCCAGCUAUCAACUCAGGAUCAAUUGCAUGCAAUUGUGUGAAGAGACGGCUGUUUCCAUGAAUAUGCUUCAUCCAAAAGCAGAACUGAUUCAAACUGCUUGUGAAGAUCUGCUAUCCACCACAAGGCUACCUCGAUUCUGUCAACUAAUUCUUAAAGUGGGAAAUUUCCUCAACUAUGGCAGUCAUACAGGAAAUGCAGAUGGCUUCAAGAUAAACACUCUGCUUAAGCUCACUGAGACCAAAGCAAACCAAAGCCGGGUUACUUUGCUCCACCACAUCGCAGAGGAAGCUGAAAAGUUUCAUCCAGAUCUUCUGAAUCUUCCUGAUGAUCUGGAAUCCAUUUCAAAAGCAGCCGGCUUUAGCAUCGACUCAAUCCAGUCUGAUACUAUCAACCUUUUGGAACAAUUAAAAGCUGCACAUAGUAAGGUUGCAUCAUCUGCAGAUGAUGUGAAAUCACAAUUUGAAAAACCCAUUGAGGAAAGUCUAGUUGCGACAAAGAAACUAAAGCAAAUUCUGGAAGAUAUUGAAUGUGAGAGAAAGAAACUAGCUGAAUACUUCUGUGAUCAUGUCAGUCAUCUCUCACUUGAAGAGCUAUUUGGAACUAUCAAAAUCUUCAGAGAUCUUUUCCUAAAAGCAAUAAAGGAAAAUAAAAUUAGAAAAGAACAACUUGCAAAAGCAGAGAAGAGGAAACAAAAAAUUCGAGAAGAAGAGGCUAAAAGACAAAAAGGAGAGAACGGACAAGUUGUUCGUAAAUCGUUAGUGAAACAAGAGGAGGAAUGUAUUAUCGAUGUUCUUCUGUCAGAUAUAAGAAAAGGUUUUCAAUUGAAGAAGACCUCUAAGAGCAGGUGUGAAUCACUGUCAACUCCAAAAAGUUCUGUUACUGAAGAAUGUAGGGACAAAGUAUCACUGGACCAAAGUGGCCCUUCCUUGGAAGAAAACAUAAAGGCUGUGGAUCCUCAAUGUACAAAUAUCUCACAAAGCACAGAUCAUUCUGAGCCCAGAGUGAAAGCAGACACUCAGUCACCACCUGCUUCAGAUCAGAAUAUUACACUACCCCCUCUGUCGGAAACAGCAUUUUCUGCUGUAGCAAGUGCCUCUGAAGAUGCUCUGGGGGAUAAGAAUACAAUCAUCAAAGAUCCUGAACUGAUAAAUGGCAAAGUAAAUAAGGAACACCAAAACCUUAACUCUGCAGCAUUUUCUACUGGGGAAGAACAUGAAUGUGUGGAACGUGAACCUGUUCAAGACAAAAUAACUGAUGCUGGUUGCAAAGGGGAUGAAAACGUGAAUCGUGUUAGUACCAUAGAGGGAGAUGUACUGGAAACAAAUAAUGGGAUGAAUGGCACCAAUAAAGAUGAAGACAAGCAGCAGCAGGAUGAUGACAAUUCACAUACAAAGCCUGAAUCAAAGCCAAAUGUAAUUACUGAAACAGUAGCACUGAAAGAUAUACAAGCGGACCACAUCAUCCCUGCCAUAAAUGUUAACUCAGAUCUCGAUCAGUUCAGCCGUGAUCGUUCAGACAGAGAUGUUACCGACAGUUUUAGUCAAUCUGCUUCACGUACCAUUUCACAAAACUCUUCUCACAGAGACUCACAUAAAGAAAUAAAUGAGGAAGGACAGAAAACUGAAACUGGUCAUGAUGCAAACAUCACCGAGGUCGAUCAGUUAACCCAUAAUUCAUCAGACAGAAGUUUCACAGAUCAUUCGAGUAAAUCUUCACGUAAAAAUUCACACAACUCUUUCCACAAACGCUCAAAAAAAUAUAAAAAGAAAAAACAGGAAACUCCAGAUGGCCAAAUGGGGGAUUCAAGCCAUAAAGCAAACAGACAUUGCAUGUUGCAGUGAGAGCAAGGAGGAAAAUGCAAGAAUAACAAGUCAGAUCAGUGGGCUGACUGCAAUAUCUACAUCAGUGACCUAUUGGAAAUAAUUAAAACUACUCUAUGUUUUUUUUCAAAAGAAUGGAAACUUUGUGCGUGGUAAUGAUAGCCUACACUACAAAUGUUUUCAAAGUAACAUGAAGACUCUUGAAAGAUGUGAGGCAAUACUAUCAUUGUAACUUACAGUGUAUCAUGGUUUCCUGAACCCAUGUGUAAAACUGUGGGGUUCAUGAUUCUCUCAUCUAAACUAGGCAUCGUUAACUUUCAAUUCUGAUUUGAUCAUAAUGGAAAUAUUUUCAAUAUUUCAUAGUGCUGUAGAUUCUUGCCUUUUUGAUAAGUAACUUGUAUAUGCUGAAUACUCUACCACUAACAAAACCUGUGUUUAAAGUUAAAGUAUUUUAAAUCAGUAUUAUUUCAUAGGGAUAGUGUGCUCAUAUCGUAAUGCAACAUUUUCCAAUACAUGUUAAUAAAGUACAAUGUACCUUUAAGUGUGCAUCAUAUUUAACUUUAUACUAUAUAUGGCAAAAUUAUGCAUACUUCUCUCCUGUAAAAAUAAACAUAGUCUAAUUUGAAGAAAACUGAUAUUCCAAAAUAUUCCACUGCUUCUAACUUCUAAGUUCAUUUUGGAAAUAUAUAUAUUUUUGAUUAAACUGCCUGAAUGCCAA